CACAAUCUUCACAAUGCCUCCCAAAGCCCCCGCCACUGUCGAAGAAGCGCAGGCAAUCUUCCAAAGAUAUCGCACGGAGCUCCAACUGCUCGCCACGAAAAUAGGGGAAAUCGAGACGGACCUCGACGAGCACGCCUUGGUCCUGAAGACUCUUCAACCAUUGCAAUCUUCCGAUCCCACACGGACGUGCUACCGAUUGAUCGGCGGUACUCUCGUAAAGCGCACCGUUACCGACGUUGUUCCCUCCCUCGAAGCAACCCAUAACGGAAUACAAAAAGCUCUGGAUACACUGGCCGCCAAUUAUAAGCAGAAGGAUGCAGAGUUUGCGGAAUGGAGAAAGGUUGCUGGUGUAAAGAUGGGCAGUCAAUGAUACUAUGGCGCAACAGGGCGUCAAGUAUAGAAGUGUACAACAGUGUAUAUCAUGCAUCAAUACCCCUA